UUCAACACAGAAUAUUGCUUUAACAACUACACUUAUAUCUUUUCUACAUUUAAAAGAAAAACGAAAAACGAAAAACUUUGUUGAGCAUUCAGAUCUCAUCGAAUCAUUGCUAUGUUUUGAUAAAAAGUAGCAAUCGAAUACUAAUUUCCAGAUUUUCAAACUUGGUUCAACUUUCUCCGACUUGGUACCUGAAUGGCAUGGAAUUGAUUUCUUCAUCUACCAUUGGAAACUCAGCUUUGUGUUUAGCCCUAAUCUCCAUUCUCCUCUUCUUCUUCCUCACUACUACCACUCCCACUUUCCCGGAUCACUCUUCGCGUUUCCCUGUAUCUCCGAAUCGUUCUCUCCUCGGAGACCCCAGCCUGAAUCACACCUCGAUCGCUGAUUCCGAAUCCUCUUGUCUCUACGCGAGAUCCCACGAUAAUGGCGUCAUCAACUACUUCUCCCUCCAUUUCUGCAUCUUCAACGAAAACCUAUUCCUCUCGAUCCCAGUCCUGUCUCUCCUCAUCCUUCUACACUUUUACAUACUCAUCAAAACCGCCCAGACCCACUUCUCCACCGUCACCACCAAGCUCGCCGAUCGCCUCAAUCUGUCUCCCAGCAUGGCGGCAGUGACUCUCUUGGCCCUUGGUAACGGCGCACCGGACGUAUUUGCCUCCGUCGCCGCCUUGCGUGGUGGUCAGUACCGAACCGGAUUCGGAGCAAUCCUAUCCGCCGGAACUUUCGUCUCGGCCUUCGUCGUCGGAUUUGUCGCCAUCUACGCGGCGCCGUUCCCGGUGGACGCCGCUUCCUUCGUCAGGGAUGUGCUCUUCUACCUGAUAGCUGCCUCCUUCUUGUUCUAUGUGUACUUGAGUGGCGAGAUAUUCGUGUGGCAAGCAAUAGGAUUCGUGGGCUUUUACAUCUUCUUCGUUGGCUUCGUCUUCUGGAUGGAUUUUGGGACCAACGUUGAAAAAGGGAAAAUCAUCAGUGAGGAAGAGAAAGACUUGUUGAGAGUUAACGAUUGCGAGAUCGGAGUUCCUCUUGAGAGUUAUAAAGCAGAGAAAGAACAUCGCUUUUCCGGAAUUUCUCGGCUUUAUGGGACGAUCUCGAGGAUGUGGGAAACUCCUGUAUCAGUUCUCUUGAUGCUUACAAUCCCAAAAACUUCUCCUUCUGAGUGGUCUAGGUUUUAUCGAUCUGCAAACAUUGUUUUCUGCCCUCUCGCCCUUUUAUAUACUUGCAACUCCUUUGUACCACUAGAUCACCCGAUCUCAUUCCUUUUUCCAAACACCCAUCUCCCACUUUGGCUUGUCGUCCUCUUCAUGACGUCUUCCCUUGCUUUCCUUCACUUCACAAUCGAAAAACAACCUCCCAAAACCGAGCAAAUGCCUGUCAUCGUUGUAGCUUUCGUAAUGAGUGUUUUCUGGAUAUCGACAAUAGCUGGUGAGCUCCUCAGCUGCUUGGCUGCACUUGGAACGCUCCUUAAACUGCCUCCGGCGAUCCUAGGACUAACCGUUCUUGCCUGGGGAAACUCGGUCGGUGACCUUGUUGCUGACGUGGCAGUUGCAAAGGCGGGUCGACCAGCGAUGGCUAUGGCCGGUUGCUUUGCGGGUCCGAUGUUUAAUAUGCUUGUUGGACUUGGAACGGCCUUGGUGAUGCAGACAGCUAAUGUGUAUCCGAACGCUUACGAGCUUGGCUUCCAUGUAGGUAUCGUGAUCGCUUUCGUAUUCUUGUUGCUUAGUCUAAUGGGAUCUCUGUUGGUUAUAACCUGGUCUAGAUUCCGAGUUCCGAGACUAUGGGGGAUCUGUCUUGUAGGACUCUAUGUUGUUUUCACGUUUGUUAGUCUUAUCAUCGCCACAUUCUCAACCUGAUCAUAUUCUGAAAGUCUGCGCAUUGAAUAAUCUUGGGCCAACCAGAGUUUCAGUGUUGAGGAAUGUUUCGUUGCUGGAAGAAGAGAAUUGGCGAAAUUUUGAGUUCUUGUGAUCGUCUGUGAGGCCGAUUAGGAAAGUUUCAUAGGUAUGUGCAGAAUGGUAAAAUAUACAUGUGAAGAGCAGAUUUUGGAUUCCUGAUUUCUAUUGAUUAUACUGGUUUAGUUCACCUGAAUGAAAUAUGUAUGUAUAAACCACAUAUUUGUAUUCUUUUGAUAUUAAUGAGAAAUAGCUUCCGUUCACGAUUCUAAAA